UUUACUGUUUGCGAUUUUCUACUGCUCUGCGUGGGGGUCGUCGCGUUUUAUACCGACGACGUGUCCACAUCCGAGAGAAAUUUGAACAACAAUAUGGAUAAUGUGACUGAACUGCAGCAAAAAUCUGACGUAUCCCAUAAACAAUCCACGGUCUUAAGUUCCAAACUCAGUGCCGGACCGCAUGGCUUAGGUGAUCCCGACGAUUUGUCGCUGAGGAAAGUCGAAAGAGAUAUUCUCAUACCGAAAAUUGUCCGAGAAAGAAGUAGAACGGAAAAGUGCGUUCCAGAAGUCGAAGCUUUCACGCAAUGCUGUAAGGAUAGUAAUGUUUUUAUGGUACUCGCUUGCAGAAAACAAAAUUCUGAGCUGAAAGAUUGCUUGGCUCGUUGGUUUCAAGAUAAAAAUUUCUACAACGAAUGCAGGGACCAGUACUUGAAACAAAGAUCUGAAUACAGAAGAACUGGUGAACCCCAAAAAGUGAGAGAAUUCAAAGCUCGUGUCAGAGGUGGAAUGUUUUAAAUAAUAGAAUAACU